AGCAAUGGCACCUCCAUCAGCGCUGAUUGUGGGAGCCAAGGCCCCCUCUGUUUUGCAACAGCUGCGUAAAGGAGGUGAUUGCUCAAACCAGGGCAGGUAGGAUAAAACCAGAGGCCACGGAAAUGUCACAGGAGCCUCCUAUAUUACUCCACUGUGUGGGAUUUGAGAGGCUUUGCCGAUCAUAAAUUCCGCUUUUAAGCAUUGUCGGUGUGAAAAAUGCACGCAGCGAGAGCUUUUCAUUAAAUCAGUGACCGACUCUCUUCCCUUCAGGCCAUGUCCUCCUCCAUCAGAAUUGAAUCUGUCGUGAAGGAGAAGAACCGGAUGGGAGAAUGCCCUGUCUGGGAAGAAAGGGAGAAUGCACUCGUCUACGUGGACAUUAACGCCCAGAAAGUCUGCCGCUGGAGCGCGGUCAGCCGCGAGGUGCAGUGCAUGUCUGUGGAUGCCCGCGUCAGCUCCGUGGCCUUGCGGCAGUGCGGGGGCUACGUCAUCACCCUGGGGACCAGGUUUGCCUUUCUGGACUGGGACACCCAGGAGGUCACCACCAUCCUCGAGCUUGAGCAGGAUAAACCCAACAACAGGUUCAAUGAUGGCAAAGUGGAUCCAAAGGGGAGGUUUUUUGCUGGUACGAUGGCUGAGGAGACAGCACCAGGGGUCCGAGCGAGACGGCAAGGGGCUCUUUAUACUCUUUUCCCUGACUUAUCAGUAAUAAAACAGUUAGACCAAGUGGACAUCUCCAAUGGUCUAGACUGGUCCCUGGACCACAGGACCUUCUUUCACAUUGACAGCCUGGCAUACGCUGUGCACGCCUUCAGCUAUGAUGUGGACACUGGAAAGAUCGCCUGCCCCAGACUCGUGUACCACUUGGAGGAGGAGGAGCAGAUGCCCGAUGGGAUGUGCAUUGAUGCGGAGGGGAAGCUCUGGGUGGCCUGCAUCGAUGGUGGAAGAGUGAUCCGUGUUGAUCCGGAGACAGGAAAAAGAAUCCAAACUGUGAGGCUGCCGACUUCAAGGAUCACCUCCUGCUGCUUCGGAGGGAAGGACUAUGCGGAGAUGUACGUGACGUCUGCCUACGAUGGCCUGGACAAGGCCACCCUUGCCAAGGAGCCUCACGCAGGAGAGAUCUUCAAGAUAACAGGCCUGGGUGUUAAAGGGAUCCCACAGCAUUUUUUUGCUGCUUAAAAGUCACCACUAAAUAACUAAAUAACAAAUGAGAAGUGCUUGCCUCUUGUAGUUAUUCUGGCAAGGAGAAGUCCAAAGAACUACAGAAUUCAUCCUGUGAGGAUUUCAAAACCCAUGAUUGAGAAUGUGCUUAUUUGGAACUGAAGAUAUUCCUUCUACUGUGGGCCUGUGGCAGGAUACAGUAGGUUAGAGAGGUAAAGUGUUACAACUUGAUAUCUUUUGUGACUUUACAUAAAUCUCUUUGAGCUUGAGCUUAGGUUUUUUUUUGAGCUUACUGAUGACCAGUUCUGGAUUUUCAUGUCUCUGUGGCUCCUGAAGCAGAUCUGGCUCCUGGUUUGUCUCUUCAUGAUGCAAGAGAAAGGAUAUGGCAGAUGUUAAUACACAUUUUUAGAGUGAUAACUGGAACUGCUCCUUUGCUGUGGGAUUUCAUCCCUUAUUUGGAGUUACAGGCUCCAAUUUUAGGUCCUAGCCUGUUACCAUUUGCUUUGUCACAAACUUUUCUGUCUUGCCUUUAGGCCAUCAUUCAUGCCUUGAAAAUAAACUACA